UCCAUCUCCCUCCAGCCCAGUGGCAACGGGCAAUUGAGUGCUACAGCGGCAGGGGAGGGUUUAAUUGAUCCACAGUGAGGAAAUACAGCCCCCCACCCUUCCCUUCGCCCUUCCUAUUUUCUCCCUUCCCACGUCCAUUGCGUGAGUGAGUGAGCAAGUGCGUGCGUGUCUCUAGGUUGAUCACCACCCCCCACCCACCCCCUUGCGCGCGUCAGAUUGUGGGCACGGGCGAGGCAAAGGCAAAGGAGGCUGGCACCGUAGCAGCCCCAGCAGCCCGAGCCAAAGCAAACAUUAGCAAAACACUGCAAGAGUGUGACGACACCAGAGGAGGAGGUGUGGAACCGUAGUAGUGUGAGUACACCGUCACCACCCACCACCACCUGAUCGACGACAGGCGACAGCAUGAACGAAAUCGAAGCGCUGCGUCAGGAGGCGGAAACGCUCAAAAAUGCGAUCCGGGACGCGCGGAAGGCGGUGUGCGACACCUCCAUCCUGCAGGCGACGGCACAGCUGGAAGCCGUCGGUCGCAUCCAGCUCCGGACGCGCCGCACGCUCCGGGGCCACCUGGCGAAGAUCUACGCGAUGCACUGGGGCAACGAUUCGCGCUACCUGGUGUCGGCCUCGCAGGACGGCAAGCUGAUCGUGUGGGACUCGCACACGACCAACAAGGUGCACGCGAUCCCGCUGCGCUCCUCCUGGGUGAUGACGUGCGCGUACGCCCCGUCCGGCAACUAUGUGGCGUGCGGCGGGCUGGACAACAUCUGCUCGAUCUACAAUCUGAAAACGCGCGAGGGCAACGUGCGCAUUGCGCGCGAGCUCGGCGGACAUACGGGCUACCUGUCCUGCUGCCGGUUCCUCGAUGACAACCAGAUCGUGACGAGCUCGGGCGACAUGUCCUGUGCGCUGUGGGACAUCGAGACGGGCCAGCAGACGACAUCAUUCCAGGGGCACACCGGGGACGUGAUGGCGCUGUCGCUGGCCCCGCAGGGCAAAACGUUCGUGUCGGGCGCGUGCGACGCGAAGGCGAAGCUGUGGGACAUCCGCGAGGGCCAGUGCAAGCAAACAUUCCCGGGCCACGAGAGCGAUAUCAAUGCGGUGGCGUUCUUCCCGAACGGGUUCGCGUUUGCGACGGGCUCGGACGAUGCCACCUGCAGGCUGUUCGAUAUUCGGGCCGACCAGGAGCUGGCCAUGUACUCGCACGACAACAUCAUCUGCGGCAUCACGUCCGUGGCGUUCUCGAAGUCGGGCCGGCUGCUGCUGGCGGGCUACGAUGACUUCAACUGCAACGUGUGGGACACGAUGAAGGCGGAACGGGCGGGCAUACUGGCCGGGCACGACAAUCGAGUGUCUUGCUUAGGCGUGACCGAGAACGGUAUGGCAGUGGCGACAGGAUCCUGGGACUCGUUCCUGCGCGUGUGGAACUAGACGAAACAGCAGAGACAGAGAGUGUUUGUGGAAUUUUGUGUGUGUGUGUGUGUGUGUGUAGUGUGAGAGCAUACGAAAAGUUUACCAACAUUCGUCGACGCAGCGGCGAAACCCGCACAUUGGAAGGAUUAUUUUUUACCUAUUUUCUUGUUAUCAACCUUUCCGUUGCCCGUGGAACUGUCGUUGAGCGUGUGAGGAGCAGUCUAGCUCUGCUCCAAGUUUACUCCACGAGCACGGUGGAACUCGAGCCGUUGGAACCACACCGCGCGCCAUAGCUUAUGCUAGUGUGCGGUAGAGGGCGCCAACUGUGCAAUGCUCUGGGUGGUGUGGUGAAUAUGGUGAAUUUGCAAUUACCGCCGUUUGGUCCUUACCAAAUGCUCUUCAAAUUCAAAUGCAACGAGCGAAACCUCGGUUCCACAAGUACGGACAGCAGAGGACAAACCGCAACACACAUCAUCCCCCCUUCCCACACACGUCAGCAAGCACACGUCGUUAAAACCUUACCCCAAGCAAUAGCGAGUUGUUUUUUCUCUUUUUUAAUUUUGCAAACAAAAACAAUCGGUAUUUUUACGCCCGUAUUAUUGCAUCUUAUUGGUUAACUAUUGUGUUUUUUUUCUUGCUUUGUAACAUCUCUACAUUUACCGUUUUGAAUCCCAUUUGCCCAUGGAAAGCUGCGGUUACGAAUGCCGAAGGCGAUCGCGCCCGCGCGCAUAGAAAUGUCUCACGUUAAAUGCGUUUACGAGCAGCAGCAGCAGCAGCACAAACUGAUGCACCCAAAAACGCAUCCUAAAUACAUAUACGUUGUAUUUUUUAGGUUAGUAUUUAAGUUUUAUUCAUUAGUCCUUCGCUUCGGGUGCGUGUGCGUACACGCGUUGUAUACCCCUUGUGUGGCGAAGGACGCGCGUGUGUUCGGAAGGAAAUGGGCCGACGCUGCCUUCCUCUGCACAGUGCAGAAAAGGGAUCCCAAAUCAAAGAAAACAAAGUGAAGCCAAGAAGGGUACAGAGAGAGAGAGAGAGAGAGAGAGAGAGAGAGAGCGAGAGAGAAAGAGAUAAAGAAUGUGGGUGGGAGAAAAUGGCCACGGCUUAAGAACAUCGAUUGGCAUAUAGACUAUUACUAUAAUUAUUAUUAUUAUACCUAAAAAACAAGCAAGCAAAUUUGUAAGUUGUAGGAAAAGUGGAUGGUGUGCAGUAGCGUUCGAUGUGUUGAAUGUUGAAAGGCAACUAAAACGGAAUAUAUUUAUGGAUAGAAAACACUAAAACAAAAAAAAAAGAAAUGGAAAUAACAACAAUUAGGCACAGAAUGAUGAUGUGUAGGAUCUCCGGAAUGACGCGGGAAGGAUUUAAGAGUGGAGAGAAUGCCCUAGACAGGGCGAUCAUGAAUGAAAUGGAGGGAAAUUAUCGAAAAAGCAGCAGUACGAAAAAUGCAACCACACUAUCACAAAAUCUAAUAAUCAUAUGCCGGUUUUUAAGUCAAGCCGAGGUCCACAUUCAUCAGCAGCGAGCUUCAAUGCGAGCUUAUCCGCACACCCAUGUGGAUGCAACAUAUUGACGGAUGAUGUUGAUUAUGAUGAUAAUGGACGUUUUACAUCAAACACAGUGCAAGCAAUGCACAAUUCCGUACAAUGAAAACUCACUGGCAAAAACACACGCACCCAAUAUAGGGAGUAGUAGGGGCGGGAAUGGCGGGAUCAUCAUUCUUCGGCGACUAUAACAAAAGGCAAAGUAGAGCUAGAGAGAAGCUAGAGUGUAGCGAAAGACCAGAACACAUAGAGGUAGGAGCACUGAACACUGUAGAAUGGAAUGCCUUUUUUAAUACGAGUAUAGUACAUCACCUACCAAAAACCCUUUCCACCCUUCCACCUCCAAUCCUCUUGCUCAUCAUCAUCUUGCACUAGCCAAAUUCCAAAUACGAUCCAGAGGGAGGAUGGCAUCCGCAGCGCGUAUCGCUUUAGGAACACUGGUUUGGAACAGUGUUGACCGUUGCAGAUUUCUUUUUGUUAUGUGCAGAUCGUCUAAAUUCAUGAAUAAAGUCUCAUACGUGUAUAUCUAUGACCAUA